CAGGAGAAACACCAACAAAUCCGUAAAUACUAUGAUACCUAUAAUGCCCUGUUGGAGAUUAAAGACUUGAUGCUGAAAGAAACUUCCUUGUUGAACUCAAUAAAUUCCCAUUCCAGGAUGCAAUUACUAGUCCUGACGGUCGCAUGAAGCUUACUGCUUAAAUGGAAGGAAUCGUGAACAACUGUCAGCAGAAGCUACAAAAGUUGGUAAAUAAACUUUAUGAGGAGAAGAGGACUCUCAGCG